AUGGAAAAUCUUUACGUCGUGAGGCGAUCGUGUACUCCUUGCGCGACUUUUUCGUAAAAAAAGUUACGUGUUACGCUCAUUAGUUUUUUUUUUCGAUUCCUUUUCGCAGUUUGGUGUACCUUAGAUCUUAAACAACCGCUCAAAACCGUGGUGCCGUUACGCGCGAUACAGUUCUGUGUUUUGUGAUAUUAUGAUGAAAUUAAGGCUAAAGUUGUUCGAGCAAAUAAGUGGUGCGGUGAAGAUAGUUUGCGAAUUCUAGUUGGAAAAUCCACCGGAACCUCCGGAAUGGCCUACAAAUGCAGGGAGGAGAUCGUGGGCAAAAGGUUCCUAUCAGUUUCCAGCGACAGGUUCACUAAAAUCAAGGGUAAAGUGCGAGACUGGAGUUGGAGGGCUGGCGUUAUCAGAGCAGCAACUCACAGGGACAUUACCAACUCAGAUCUUCAGGUUUUGGUCGAAUAUGAUGACGUAGAAUGGCAAAGACGUGAAUGGAUCACAGUCUACCAUAACCUGUUUCAUAUCUUCUUGGUCGAACAGGCUUUGGUAUGGGCCGAUAGAAAAGAUCCGUACAGUCACGGCACUGUUAUUUGGCCUGCUUUGACUUUUAUGCCCAUCGUUUCCAACGUAGAAAUCCCCAACAACCUUCAGCCAGUCGAGUUUUUGCUGGACAGGGAACUGACCUUCAAAGAAUACAAAACUCUAAAACCAUACCAUGAAUGGGAUUCGACACUGCGCGGCGUUAGGGAUUAUCCGGAACUUCGGCUGGCCGUCAAACGGUGGGCCGAGCUACAAGACGGCCAAAGAAUAUUGCUGACCACUCCGAGCGUCUUGGUGGGCUACAGAGUGGAGGUGUAUAGGGCGGAGGGCACCACGCAAUGGUAUACUGCUGUGAUAAUUGGAUACAACGAAGCUACUAGGGACCUGACAGUUACAGAUGACACUGUGUUAGAGGAGCACAACGAGGACCCCGCUCUGGUCCAGAUGCGACUUAUUGGCGAUGGAGUAGUGGAAUCGAUUAUGCGAGGAGAAAACGUGGGCAUCACACCGCGAAGAUCCAGGUCGUCGGCUCUGCUACACCAGCAAAACACUCAACUUUUACAGAGUCGAGUUAUUAGAGGUUUAAGUGGUGUCAACUGUCAAAGCAACGUCACUCGGAGGCCGCGUCAAGGACGGUCGGCCAUAUCGGAAACUGGAAAUUCGCCAGAACCUCCGGAUAAAGGAACCCCUCCUCCCAAAACCCGAAAACGCAAAACCAGCGAGUCGGACAACCCAUCUUCGAGGACCCGCUACGCGAACAGCAUCAAGGAGGACUUGGAGAACAAGCAGUCGCGAAAAAAGAACGUCAACCGAUCCAUCAACAAGAAAAAAGUCCUCGAAGAAGCCAACAACUCGAAACUUCGAGAAGUCGAGGUCGUGGUAGAAGACUGUUUACAGAGUGGCACCUUUCUGCCCACUCACAGUCAGUUACUCGACGAAGAACAAGCUGUUAAAAGUGAGGAUUCGGAGGAGAAACAAAGCGUGAAAGAGGAAAAUGAUAAUAGUAAAGUUGUAGAAGACGAAGAAGCUCCUAUAGAUGAGGUUGUGGAAGUCGAAGAUAAAGCUUUAGAGGAAAAUGUUGUUGAAGUAAAGGAAGAGGAGAAUAUUAGUAGCGUUAGUAAUAGUGACGAGAGCGGUAGUAGUUGUAGUAAUUUAAAUAGUAGCGUCCAAGACGAGGCAGUUGUCGAAGUAGUAGAAGAAGCGAAUUGUGAUAAUUUAACUGAGCCGGAACAAGUGCAAAAUAGUAGUAGUAGUAUUAGUGAGGGGGUGGAAGAAGUGCGGGAAGACGAUGAUGGUGAUGCGCGCGCAGGGGCAGCAGCAAAGUCGUCUAUGUGUGAUCAGGCAGUAACGGAGGAAUCGAAAACGACGGACGAGGCCGGCGGUAGUAUAGGCGACGACGAUUGCGUUAUAGUGGCCAGCCACGAGGUGGAGGCCGUAGGUCAGAGUCAGCAACGCGCAGCGAACGUUUGUAGUAGCACGCCGAGUAAAGGAGCCGACCCGGACUGCUCUAUACGAGGCGACGAUGACGGCCCACUGUGUUCGUCCUCGCCCCUCAGCAGCAGGAUGGACUUCAAUGAAACACCAAAUUCGCUUCGUUUUGCCGAUGACCGCAGUGACUCUGGCGUGAGCUCCCUGCGAUCAGGUAGUGGGGAUGAACGCUCCGGAUCCAGAUCUAGCGCGUUGAGUUCAUCCGACGAGCCGAAUUCCUCCACGGGGCACCCAGCGACGUCGGCGCCCUCUUUGCCCGCGGCCACCCGCUCGCCACUCUUCGUCCCGGCCGGCGCCCCUCCCGCCGAGCCGGUGCGCAUCUGGCGCGACCCAGGCCUACUCCACCAGGUACCUCGUCGAUACGUCGAGGAGCCCCAAGUGCGGCACGUACAUAGCGUGCAGCAUCAGUCCCUGCUAAUGUCGCACCCCCAGACGCCUUCAGCUGGCCCUCAGCCGCCUACUUCGGCACCAACUAGCCACCCGGCAGCUCUGUACCCCACGGUGUCCCACAUGGCACCCCAUCCUUUAGCCCAACACCCAGCGCUAUCUAGCGUGGGAGGUCAUCCCCAUCUGCCUCCACAUCCCAUCUACCACCCACCUUUUCCAGACAUGAUCUGGAGCCAGAGGUACGCCAAGGUACCCACCCACCUCCUAGGCAAUCAGCAAGGCCCUCACGUCACGGAGGAACAACUAUUGGAACAGAAUAGGGUUCUUUUGCAAGAUAGGCACCAUACGGAACGUAUGAUCAGACAACAAGAGAUCGAGAAGCAGCAAAAAGAGAAGGAACGACUGGACCGCGAACGGCACGAACGCGACAAGCUGGAGAGAGAAAGAGAACGGGAAAAGCAGGAGAGGGAGAGGGAGGAGAAGGAGAGGCAAGACCAGGCGCUCCAGAACCACUUCGAGAAAUCGUUGAAGGCCGCGCAGCAGAAACGCGAGCAGUGGAACUUGAUGGGCGGCAGGCAGACGCAGUCGCGCGAGGACGAGCGGAAACAGGAAAUGCACCAGCGCGAACAGCAGCGACACCUGUCGGCGGGCAUGGCGGCGGCUCGGGGUGCCGAUCCUAAUCACAGGUCAUACUACGCGGCCGUACCGAGCAAAUCGAACGUUCCUAGCAAAGGCGAGUACCCGCCGCCUCCCGCGCACAGCCGGCUCAUCUCCGGCAAACCCUCAGACAAAAUGACCGCCACCGGCAUCCACCCCUCGAUGCUGCCCAAGGGCGACCUGUCCAUGUACGGCUACCAGGUGCACGCCUCCCCCAACGCCUACUACGAGCCAAAGAAGUCCUCGGACCUGUACAAAACCACCACGCCGGGCGGUCUAGUAGUCACUAAGGCGGGGAUGGACGGGAGGGAGCUACCCAACCCUCCGCCGCUGGUCAGCGAGAUGAAGAACUCGGUGAUCGUGAAGCACGACGCGAAAACGUCGCACCACGUGGAACCUAGGGUGUCGAUAGCUCUGAGUCCUAGUCCGAAGCUGAGGAGCGAACUGAUGGGACACUAUAUGACGGCGACGGGGGCGGGAGGGCAGAAGUCGAAUAUCUACGAGUACCGAAGCCCUACGCAAUCUCCCCAUCACAUGGGACACGCUCCUAGUCCUCACCAUCACCUCGAAACGCCCAAAUCCGGACAACACCACAGAUCUUCCGGCAACCAGAUGCCCAGCCCUCAUCACCAAAGACAGUCGCCUCACGGGGUGGCGCACCCUCACAGCCAGCAACACAUGUCGCCCGAGUUACGGUUUAGGCAAGAACCAGGGCAGACAAUGAUCUUUCCUACUUCAGGUAAAGCCAUUUUUAAUGAUACUUCAGGUUGUAUGCUAACUAAUGAUAUUUUUAUUAAAGGCAAACCUGGGUUUCCUUUCAUGUCAACGGCAUCAACUCCUGGCGGUUACACUCUAGCUACGACAGCCUCGAUGGCCGGUUCCAAACCCAAAGUAUCCUCUCCAGCGCCUCAGCAUAUCUACGGCAAACCGUCCGCGGUGAGCGUGGUACCGGUGAGCCGACCGCACGAGGUCCAAGCUCCUCCUCAUCCUGUUCCUAAACCUCCGUUGAGCGCGAACGUGUCUCCAUCGCCCUACCAGCAAGUGUCUCAGUACCACCCUCCGGCGAUGGCUUCCAGUUCUAACGUCAACAGUUGCCCACCUCCUCCCGCUCAUAGUAGUCGUACCACGUCGACGAUAGGAUUCGACAGAAUGUAUCCUUCCGGACCAAUGCCGCCGGCUAGUCUCUCUGUCAAAUUACUCCACCAACCAGGGACGUCGCCCCCAACAGCGUCUUCGGCACCUCUUAGUACGUCACGUCCCCACCCUAGCUAUAGUAUAUCACCGGGACCGGGUGGUAUUCAACAGCAAGUCCAAACGCAACCGCUUGAUCUUGGUAUUAGUUCAAAUAAAUCAAGUAAUGACCAACCUACGUCGCCCAAAAGAAAAACGACGCCACUGGGCACGCCAGUUUGUUUGGAGGUUAAGAAACGUCGAGUAGAGACACCUCCCGGUUUAACACCGACGUUACAACAGAAUCUGAAGAAUUUCGGUAAUAAUUUGGCACCUCAGCCUCAACUGGCGAGGGUCAGCGAACCCAGCCCUCUCAUAGCUAGCGCUGCAACUACAAUUACAACCCUCGUCAAUACCCUCGCAGCUUACAGGACACCCGUAACAACAAUGACAACAAACCUCCUAGUUCCAACUCAGUCACCCACAUCACUGACCGAAAAUCUACCCGACCUGAGCGUGACGACGGUCACUUUAGACGCGCCGCGCCCCGCGAGCACCGAUUCCACACAUUCCACGCCUCCCGCCAAGCCGGCCACGCCCAGCCUACCACUCAGUUCGAGUCCGGCGCCGCCAGCGCGCAACACGCCUACGCCUAACAGCGUAGGAGCACCGCCUCUAUCAACCACACCCAAUCCUGGCGGAGGCGGAUGUUCCACGCCCAAUAACACGCCGGGAACGAGUAGCACGCCUCCGAUUACGGACGAGAAUCCGGGCACACCCCUUAAGAUCCCGCCCAGCGCCGUGGAUUCAGAGAAAAGUAAUAGUCCGGGACCGCAGAAGACCGCGGGCGGAACUUAUCCCGUCAGGCAUCUGAAAAAGGCGUGGCUACAAAGGCACACAGGCGAAGACCUCGAAGACACGACAGGCGUAGUCGGUUCAGGUAGUUGCGUGUCCCUUCCCCUAAACCUAGGCUCCCCCAGUCCGCCGCCGGCAAAGAAAGAGAACCCGGUCAAUUCCAUCCACUCUGUGGGCAGCAUGGCGGUGAACAGCAUCAACAAAAGCAAGCAUUUCCAAGCCAAAACGGUGGGGCGUAAAACUAAAGAGAACGUCAAUGGGGAUGCGUCGAGCAAGAACAACGAUGACUCGUCGAGUUCGGAUCAGGAACGCGGGGGUCGUAAAAGCCCCCCUAAGAGGAAACCUCCGAAAGUGAAGAGGAAAAAAGGGGGAGGUGCUGGUAAUAACAGCGCGGUAUUGGCUAAGAAGACUGCCGAGGAGAAGAAGCGGAAAAAUGAAAAGUUGCCCCCGCAAAGCGAGAGCGGUAGCGAUAGCGACAAGGAAUCGGACAGCGCCAAAGACAGCGACUCGGGCGCCAGCACGACGGUGUCCGGCAGCGGCGGCGGCGGCGGCAAAAAGCCGAACAAGGAGCCGAGAAAGCGCGGCCGCAGACCCAAGGGGUCAAAAAACGACAAGGGCGAGGAGCCGCGCGCGAAAAAAAGUAAGGAAGAGCCCCCGCGCGACCCCUUUCGCAAACCACCAGUGGGCCAGCUGAAGAAGACUGGAGAGACUUUCCUACAGGACGGACCCUGCUUUGAGGUUGCUCCCAAACUCGCCAAGUGCAGGGAAUGCCGCUGGACUCCCAAUCAGCGAUCCAAGAACAUGCCGAACAUCUUCUGUCGUUUCUACGCUUUCAGAAGGCUGCGAUAUACCAAAAACGGCCAAUUGGCCAUAGCCGGCUUCAGCGAUCCUCACAAAGAUGCCCUAGAGGACGAUAUCAAGUUGUGGCUACCGAAUCCUGAUAACCCACCUACCGAUCUCGACUUGGACACGUCUCGAUUCCUACUGACGCAAGUCGGAGACCAUUUCUGUGAUCUUCUAGUCCAAGAGAAAGAGGCUCAUGCAGAGCAUAUGUCUGACGAUAAAACUAUAGCGUGGAAGAGGGUGGUGCAAGGAGUGAGGGAAAUGUGUGACGUGUGCGAAACGACUCUCUUCAACUACCAUUGGACGUGUAACAAGUGUGGAUUUGUGGUGUGUCUCGAUUGUUAUAAGAGUCGAAAGCACGGUAGCGUAAAAUCGAUGAGCGAACCGGGCAAAGAUCGAGACGAGUUUAUGUGGCUGUUAUGUACAAAUCGUUCCUCCCACGAGCAAGAGAAGCUGAUGUUGACGCAGAUCAUCGCCGACGACUGCUUAGUAAAACUAGGGCAUAUGGUGCACGAAAUGCGAGACCUGUGGGGCAUCGAACAAUUCUGCGGAUGUCCCAGCUCCAAAGACCUGAAAACGAACAACGCGGAAACUAAGGAAGCCGUUAAAAUGAUCUUGGCCGAAAAGAUGAACGGCGUGAAAAAGGAAGUGAAGGAGGAGUUGAAAGGAACCGUUAACGGAGUCAAAGAGGAGAAACAGUCGAAUCUGAACUGGUUGGCGGACGUGGCCUUGUCAAAGUCCGAAGAAGGUGUCAAGAAAGAGCCCAAAGAGGAAGGAUCCAGCAGCGAGGAAGAGGGAAAUUUCUCGACUUUAAGGGAAUUGCUGAUUCGCCCGUCUUACAAAGCUAACGGAUCUUCUAGAGCGGCCUCUCCUGUCGCUAAGGGGGAUAAGAAAAAAUCGUCUAAGUCCGAAACAUCCGAAUCUGAUCCUUUGGCAAACAUGGGUCUAAAUGAUUCACCUGCGGUGCCGGAAAAAGAGGAACCCGAAGAAAAGAUGGAAUUAAAGCAUUACAUCAGGCGUUAUAAUUGGCAGAACAAAGGACGACAGCAGGUUCCUAUUCGAAUUAUGACACUUACGGAGAGCAAAAUUCUCUAUCCUACAGUCCCACAUUCAUGGUUGUGCGACGGAAAACUGCUGAGGCUGAGCGAUCCGACCUGUGCCGAUAACUACAAAAUUUUCCAGGAUCAGUGGAAACGCGGUCAGCCUGUUAUAGUCUCCGACGUAUGCCGAGCUAUAAACAAAGACCUUUGGAACCCUGAUGCUUUCGCACGAGAUUUCGGAGACGAGAAAAACGAUUUGGUGAACUGUUUAACAGGGAACCUAGUCCCCAAUCAGCCGAUGCGUCGUUUCUGGGAGGGUUUUGAAGACCCAGCCAAAAGGUUAAAAGACGAACGGGGCCAGCCUAUGCUGCUCAAACUGAAAGACUGGCCUCCAGGCGAGGAUUUCGCCGAGCUAUUGCCCGCGCGCUUCAAAGACCUUAUGCACGCACUACCCUUACCAGAAUAUACACGACGAAGAGGCCGCCUGAAUCUGGCCUCGAGACUGCCUAAAUGUUUCGUACGACCCGACCUGGGACCCAAAAUGUACAACGCUUACGGUUCAGCGUUACACGCCGCUCGCGGGACUACCAACCUGCAUCUGGACGUUAGCGACGCCGUAAACGUGAUGGUAUACGUGGGAGUGCCGAGGGGAGGCACCGGCGACGAGCACGUGAAGGAGGCCUUCAGGGCCAUCGACGAGGCCGGCUGCGAUAUUCUGACCAGGCGGCGGGUACGGGACAAGGGCGAACUACCCGGGGCUUUGUGGCAUAUUUACGCCGCGCGAGACGCAGACAAGAUCCGAGAUUUGCUCAACAAGGUUACGGUGGAACGAGGCGGACGUUUAGAACCCCACAACGAUCCCAUUCACGACCAGAGCGGGUACUUGGACGGACCCUUACGCGAGCGCCUUUACAAGGAGUACGGCGUUGAAGGAUACGCUAUCGUGCAAUGCCUAGGUGACGCGGUAUUCAUCCCCGCGGGCGCUCCGCAUCAAGUGCGCAACCUGCACAACUGCAUUAAAGUGGCCGAGGACUUCGUCAGUCCGGAGAAUGUGGCGCACUGCUUCCACUUGACGCAGGAGUUUCGCGGUCUCAGUGAUACCCAUUCGAACCACGAAGACAAGCUACAGAUUAAGAACAUCAUUUACCACGCGGUCAAGGACGCGCUGGGUUCGUUGGGAGCGGCUGUGAAUCUAAAGCUGGGCAACGCGGCGUCGCAACCCGAUACGGACUCGUCGUGAUCGGUCCCAGCCUGGUUUUACGUGUAGCGCGCUCCAUGUCUGCUUCUCGAUGUUGUUUCUGUCGUCGUGACAGGACAUCUCCGUUGUAAAUAUCAUUGUUGUUUCAAAAAGUACCAGUGUCGUUUCUAAAAAAACUCCUAAUAUCGUGCCUGUU